AAAAAAACACAAUCCAAGGUCCACAUACUUGCAGGAAAAGACGCGCCCACUCUUGGUUACGUCGCUAUAUUUUCUUGGGAAGGAAAGUGAACCUGCUUUGAUCCGGACUUGGCUGCGAAUCCAGCUCUGAGGGGCGACAUAGUCCGACUAUUACAUUCGUAGAGAUUAAGCAUUAUUCGUGCAGUGAUGGUUCUCCAGAGGCUUUUUCGUGCCGUCAUCAUGGGACCACCGGGCUCGGGGAAAGGAACUGUGUCCGAGCGCAUAAUCAAAAGUUUUGGGCUGCAACACCUUUCAAGUGGGGACAUUUUGAGACGCAACAUCGAGGCCAAAACUGAGCUCGGUCUGCUGCUGAAGGCCUGUAUUGAUCAGGGUCAGCUGGUACCCGAUGACGUCAUGUCCCGUCUCAUCUUCCGUGACCUGAGAGGGCUGGGACAAAGCAGCUGGCUGCUCGACGGUUUUCCCCGCACAGUGUCCCAGGCCGAGGCGCUGGAUGACGCUUUCGUCGUGGACACAGUCGUGAACCUCGAUGUUCCGUUUGACAUCAUCAAACAGAGGCUGACCUGUCGCUGGACUCACCUUCCCAGUGGCAGAGUCUACAACACAGAUUUUAAUCCACCUCAAGUCCAUGGUUUUGAUGAUCUGACAGGAGAGCCUCUUGUCCAGAGGGAGGAUGACUUACCAGAGACAGUGACACGGAGGUUGAAGUCCUAUGAAAACCAGACAGAACCUGUUUUAGAGUAUUACAGGAGUAAAGGGGUGCUCGAGUCGUUCUCUGGGACAGAAACCAACAAGAUUUGGCCACACAUUGAGGCGUUCCUACACAGAAAACUACCAUCUAUCAAUGAGAAUGUUGCAUAGAAACACAGUAGGCAGAUGAAGUUUACCAGCGGAAAAACCACGUCGAGGGCCAUCUGUGUGGCAAAACAAAAAAACAGUAUAAUGUGAGGAGUGGCAAGCAUGCAGUAGGUAACAGGAGGGAAUGGUGAGACAACAGAUGUUGUUGAAUUGUUUAAAUGUUAGUUGAUAGAGCCUAUAAUGUGCCUUUAGAAAUAUUACCAGACACCAGUGAAUUUAAUAUUAAGGUCUUCCAGUGUGGAACACAAAGAUGUUGCACAAUGACAAUGAAUACACGUUUUUUUUUAACUUUAAGGUUUGUGGGGACUUUUUAACACUUGUUGGCAAACUGCCUCGUUGUGACUGUUUCUGAUACAGAGAGGGAUUCACCGUGAAAAA